CCUCACGAGUACAAGCCAAUACAGCAGGACCUCCCCACCCAAGACUAGGUUCUCUUUUCCUAUUGGAAAAUAUCUAAAAAGAUAAGUGGCCCUUUCUCCACAACAGAAUUUAAACCAAUUUAAUCCAUCAAUUCGCAGGGCUGAUCCUGGGAAAAGCCGAAGGCCAACGUCACAGGGCCGACAGGGCCAACUUUCAACUUUCAACUUUCAACUAUCAACUCUGCAAUAACUCUCUCCAAAAGCGCAUGUGCUUCAUGCAUUUAAACAAACUCGUAACUCAAAAACAUAUGGAUGUCUCCUCGGACUUUGUUUUUUUACUUCUUCGCUCAACUGUUUAAAUCUUAAACUUUCCAUGGUAGCAUGUGCUACUUUUCGAUACUGUUGUUGUCGUCUUCCUUCUAUCCUGCUGUCCUGUUAGUUCAGCAUGGAUCAGUAUUCUUCCGCAACUCGAAAUGUCGCUACAACUCCGUCGGCUGAGAAGUCCAGCCAGCUACUCCUCCGCGAGUAUCCUCACCGAGCUAUUGCCAUUGCGACACCGACACAUGCCCUGAUCUUCCGAUAUAGCCCUACCACGAGCGAGGCAAUCGCAAAUGGCUCGCUCGCCUCCGUCCCGUCAGCACGGCCCCGGGCUGCCGGGGACGGCCCCGUGUCUAAGUGCAUGGUCGAGUUCACUUCUAAUACUAAGCAGCUGCUUAGCGAGUUUAGACCCCUUACUGCCCGACCGAUCUACGGAACCUUAGGCCUUAUAUCUAUAAACCAGGACGUAUUCCUAUGUGUAAUCACUCAGGCGUUACGCGUUGCGACGGUGCGACCGGGGGAAACGGUCGAGAAGAUUGCGAGUGUCGAUUUCUUCUGCCUCAAUAGCUCCGAGUACGAUAAUGUUGUGUCCCUAAACACGUACGAUAGUGAACUAUCGGACUCUAUGGCACCGUAUGGCCAAAACCUCGGUCGGCGGGAUGGCGAAAUAGAAUAUCCCUAUCAGGAGUUACAGAAGCUGUUGAGCAAUGGUAGUUUCUAUUACAGUACAGACUUUGAUCUGACCAACAGGCUUCAAGACAGGCCCAUAGAUUCGGACACGUUCGAUAUUGAUAAUUUUGACGAUUCGUUUCUAUGGAACUAUUUCAUGAUUAGUCCUCUGGUUCAGUUUAGAUCUCGGCUCUUGGCACAUGAACGGGAAGCCCUCGAUGCUUCGAGGAUUUUAACAUCCGCUAUUAGAGGAUUCUGUUCAACCAUGACAAUCCCUCAGAGCGCAGCGCCUCUGAGGUAUGGCAGGUCUGGCCUCCCCUCCUUUCUCACGGUUAUUUCCCGUCUCUCAUGUAAGCGAGCUGGCACUCGCUUCAACAGUCGAGGUAUCGACGAUGAUGGACACGUGGCCAACUUCGUCGAGACGGAAACCAUUUAUUGGAGUCCUUCUGGUGUUCUCUUUUCGUAUGCGCAAGUCCGCGGCUCGGUACCAGUGUUCUGGGAGCAGACUCCAGGGCUCAUUCCAGGUCAGCAGAAGAUAACUAUCACCCGUUCAGCUGACGGGACGCAACCAGCCUUUGACAAACACUUCGAGGAUCUAGAACAAUCCUAUGGUGCAGUACACAUUGUUAAUCUGCUUAGCGCAACAAAACCGGGCGAGGCAGAGCUGACGCAUCUAUUUCACUAUGGGUUGGAGCAUUGCUCGCUUAGUCGUGCAGGUGAAAAGCAAUCUGCUGACCAUGCUCUACUACGAGAGACGGAUUACGAUUUCCAUAUGGAGACCAAGGCUGCGGGAUACGAAGCUGCCCGAGAAAUUCGUCGAUAUAUCGACCAUUCCGCCGACGGAUUCGCGUAUUACCUCGCCGAACUCACCGAUGACAUGGUCGAUGCGAACGAACCGGCAGGCCACCAAAGAAUGGUUGUCGUGCUUCAGCAAGAAGGAGUCUUCCGGACAAACUGUCUAGACUGCUUAGACAGGACCAAUCUGAUCCAGACGUUGAUAUCACAGAUGGCUGUUGAAUCUUUCUUAAAUCACCGCGGAGAAUACGCCGCUUCAGAUUUCUGGGUGCGGCAUUCUACUCUGUGGGCCGACAAUGGUGACGCCCUUUCUAGGAUAUAUGCUGGAACAGGGGCUCUCAAAUCCUCUUUCACAAGACACGGUAAGAUGUCUCUAGCUGGGGCGUUCGCGGACGUUCGAAAAAGCGCAACGAGGCUCUACAUUAACAAUUUUGCCGACAAGGCAAGGCAAAACACGAUCGAUAUGCUCUUGGGACGAUUGGUUGGCCAAGCUCCUGUGCAUCUCUUCGACCCUAUCAGCGACUUCGUAUCUGGUGAACUCAGCAAGCGCGGUGCUGAGUAUUCGUCAAAUGAAAAUAUUACCAUGUGGGUCGGGACAUUUAAUCUAAACGGUCGUACUAAUGGCAUUGACGAGGAUUUGUCUCCUUGGCUUUGCCCUCAGGAGCUCGGUUCGAUGCAGCCUGAGAUCAUGGCUGUCGGUUUCCAGGAGAUUGUAGAGUUGAGCGCGCAACAGAUCAUGAAUAGCGAUCCCCGUCGGAAGCAGUUAUGGGAGAGAGCUAUUAAGAGGACACUAAACAACCGUGCUAAGCAACUAGGAGGCGAGAGGUAUGUUUUGCUUCGCAGUGGACAGCUCGUCGGCGCGGCCUUGUGUAUCUUCGUAAAGGCAUCAUCGCUUCCUAAAAUAAAGAAUGUCGAGGGAAGUGUCAAGAAGACAGGAAUGUCCGGAAUAGCAGGAAACAAAGGCGCGGUUGCAAUCAGGAUGGAAUAUGCGAACACACAAUUAUGUUUUGUAACAGCCCACCUGGCUGCCGGAUUCGCUAAUUAUGACGAGAGGAAUAAGGAUUACGCUACUAUCCAUCAUGGAUUACGAUUCCAAAGAAAUAGGCGUAUUGACGAUCAUGACACGGUCAUCUGGCUUGGUGACUUUAAUUACCGCAUCGGACUAUCACACGAAAGGGUUAUGGAUUUGAUUCAGAAGAAGGACCUAGAGAGACUCUAUGAAAAUGACCAGUUAAACCUCCAAAUGGUUGCCGGUCUCGCCUUUCCAUAUUAUUCAGAGGCUAGAAUUACUUUCAUGCCAACUUACAAAUUUGACGUUGGAACCGACAGAUAUGAUACAUCUGAAAAGGCCCGUAUUCCUGCAUGGACAGAUCGUAUCUUAAGGAAAGGUACUAAUAUAAGACAACUGUCGUAUAACUGUGCCUCUUUGCGCUUCUCCGACCACCGUCCGGUAUAUGCUACGUUUCAAUGUACGGUCAGCAUUAUAGACGAAGCACUUCGAGAACAGAUCAGCCAGGAACUGUACGAGCGUCGCAAAGCUGAGGUUGGCCACACGGCUGGCAGUUUAAUUAGUGACGACUCCGAAGACGAUGAAGAUCUUAUCGGUUAUGAUCCCAUCGAACCAGGUCUACCUCCAGCAAGCUCAGAUCGACAAAAAUGGUGGCUCGAGAACGGAAUGAGGGCAAAGUCUACGGUUGGUCCGCCUAAGUCUAACAACGGCAAUCGUGAUAAUUCCGCUAUGAUAUUGAACCCUAACCGUCCCUCAAAUCCAUUUUCUCCAACCGAAGAACCUGACUGGGUUGCGAUCCCCAGGUCUAAUUCAAGACUUUCGUCAUUUUCUAGCAUCUCUAGUUCUCCGUAUGAGCAUAUCAACCACUCCACACUUCUCUCGUCAUCUGCAGCAUCGAACUCUUCGCCUAGGAAGUUGCCGCCACCGUUCGACCCAGCAACAUUGCCUGUUAAAUUCGGCCAAGUCAGCUUGCUUGACGAGCAGAUGCCCAUGCAUAGGAACGAGCCUCCGCCGCCGCCGCCGCCUAGAAGGCAGACGUCUACAGGCGUUGUACAGCCAUCUCAGCCGUCCGCUUCGUUAAUCGCACAGUCUAUAUUGCAGGAACCAACGUCUAACAGGUUGCAGCAGCCAUUAAUGCCGACGGCCUCCUCAUCCCAAGCGUCAAUCAAGUCUAAAGCGCCCCCGCCCGUAGCAAGGAAACCAGUUCACCUCAUGUCUACCUCUCCAACAACUAGUCCAGUACUCCCCGAAACUGGAGGCUCCGGCUCGCCUGUAGAGCAGCAAACGCCGAAGCCGCCCAUCCCACGCAAAACUUCCAAUGCUGUCUCCAAUUUGACAGCUAGACUCGAAGCUAGUAGAUCUGGAGCAUUGACGGGAGGAAUGUAUAAAACCGUGGCUCCUUCAUCUCAUCUAGAACCUAUUACCUCUAAUGGACAUCCUGCUGGGACACCGGCCCGCGUUCCAUUACCCGGGCUAGCCGCAAUAGAACGCAAGCCUGCCUUGCCGACGCGCCCGCAACCACAGCCGCAACAUGUGCAGCCGCCACGCCCGGAAACGAAGGAAACUACGGUUGAUCUCCUGGGCGGCGAUGACGGUGUUGACGUGAACGGAUGGGAUACGUUGAAGCCGAGCUAGUUAAAUUUUUUUAAACCCCAUCGCUUGUAGACUUGUACUGGGUUGUCAAAUUUCAAUACAGCAUGGCGUUUGCGGCGUUGGGAGGAUUAUAGUUAGACUAGUAUAUAGAAGUCUCGACUAUGAGACUACCUAAGAUAAAAGUCUUGUCUUUUGUCUUUUUUCACUUAUAUGCCAGUUUGAGAUUAUUGUGAUAUUGUUAACUUGUUGGUAGUUAUAGUGUAGUUAUAUAUUAUAUUAUAUAGUAGGUAGAAUACCGGUAACUACAUGGAGAUGUCAAUAAAACAACCCCAUAUAUCUCGUAUAAUUAAA